AUUGGCUGCAGUGGGAAAAUAUUUACAUAUGAGAGCGAGGACAUGUGUCAUGAGUCAAAGAUUAAACCAGCCGCUGGACUGUCAGUGUCUCCAAGAUGGAUCCUCCUCAUCCUCCUCAUCCUCCUCAGCCGAACUCCAGAAACAACCGUCUGACCGAGAGAGACGCGGAAACAUCUGGAAUCAGCCAAACACCUGGAAAUCCACAGAGAAUCGCACCUGACCCUCCGGCCGCAGACAGACAGCCUCAGUACUCAAGCGGAUUCACCAUGAUCCCACCGAAUUUAACUCGGCGGAGCGAGAUGGAAAUGGUGGCUCAAAAAGGAGAAGAGACGUUUCAGAGGAUGAAGGAGGCACAAAGAGUUCCUUACGUGUACGUGGCUCCGGAGACGCUCGGUGGAAACGCAACAUUGGAUGAAGUCAGACAGAGGCAACAGACAGACUUACGUUGCUCCAAAAUGAAGACGAGGAUGAAACAGGCAGAUAUGGAAAGGAGGAGGAGACAAGAAGAGGAGGAGGAGCUACAGAAGAUGAAAGAUGAGCAGAGGAGGAAGGCCGAGCGCCAGGAGGAGAAGGAGCGACAGGAGGAGCAGAGGAGGAGGGAGCUGCUCCAGCAGGAUUACCUCAGGAAGAAGGACAGUUUUCUGCAGAGGUUUGAGAGGGGACCCCCGGAUCCACUGGCAUCCAGCGGUGCCACACACACGUCAUCCAGAAGUGAGGCUGCGGAGAGUCAGUGGCAGAAAAGUGUGAGAGACGUGCACCUGGAACACAAGAGGGUGAACUCGGCCUUUCUGGACGAUCUCCAGGGUCGAGGCGUCGGGAGCGAGGGAGGGAGGGAAGGUGUUCCGGAGGCCGAGUGGUACAGUUCGGCCUCUAACGAUUUCAAACACGAGCCGUCUACAUCGACCGGACAACAACCCCCCCCCGCUCACCUGAAACCAGAGCCAGAGCAGAGCUGGACACAGGAAGCUGACCGGGAUCCAGACUACGACUGGGACCUGAUGAAGCUGGCGAGCCUCUUUCCAGGCCACAGCAAAGACGUCCUGAAGGACAUCCUCGACCAGUGCAACGGCGACUUCGAGCAGGCCUGCACGCUGCUCGUCUAAACGUUGUCUUGAGUUUCAUGCUUCUCCAAUGGGACGACUCUAUUCAUAUUGUGUUCGGUGGCUCGGGAGUUGCAGCAAAUAAAAUGUGUAAUCAGCGUUACGUGACGUGAGAGGAAAUGUAGAAAUGGGUGAUGGAUGAAAUCAGCUGCAUGACAUGUACCUACAGUGGAGCGUCUUGUAAUGUGUUUUUGAUUAUGCUAUUAAUCACGGAGUGGUUGUAUCUGUCUGCUCCAGUGACUCAUGUUGGGACGCUGCCCUGACAUGGAGCCGAUGAGCGUUUUCACCAGUUUAGUUGAAGGUCAUCGCCGUGACUCAUCAGCUUCAGAUCAUAUUUUGGGCUCUUAAUUGGAUCAGUGUGUGCGGAUGGAAAAAUGCUCGACCCAAACACAUGAUGCCUUUUGUUUGUUUUAUAAUCAGUCACAUGUGAUGCAUCUAUAGCAGGACGUCUAAGGACAAGCACAGAUUCAAAUUCAAAUAAGAUUUUACCUUGAAAGAUUAGUGUCAGUUCCAAGGCUGCACACGACGACCUUUUCAAACUAAAGCGAUCUCCGAGGUUGUGUCUCAGUUUCUGCUCGUCCAGACUAAAACGCAGCCAACGAGUUUUCAAGCUGAAACGGGUCCAGCGGCGUCUCCUAACUUUUAUCUCGUGUGGACGCCGGACGUGUCCGUAGCAGAGUUCACGUGUUUCCAAACGGAAACGUCUUGGUGAGGAUGUAGAUCAAGUCGUUAAAGCCUCGGAGGACGUCCAUAAAACACCCUUCUGUGAAAUCCUGCUGUUUCAGUCAGUCUGGUGCGCUGAUAAAACCCGGGUGGGGUUUCCAGGUGGGACACAGAGCUGCUGUCGGAGCGAAAAAUGUCAGCUUCGUAACUCGGCUGAGUGGAGCAGCAGAGAUGUUAUCACCUGACCGAGGCAACAGAGAACAAAGGGUGGUGCUCUCGACACGGGGGACCGACAAAAUCCCCUUUUCUACUGUAGCAUGAAGUCAUACAGGGAAGGAUUCAGGGCUGAUGUCAUCCAGCAAGCGUCUGAACUCUGUUCUGCACACGCGAGGACUUUAGAUAAUAAAACCUACAAACGUCUCCUACAUGUUAAAUGUUAUUUUCUUUGAAUAAACUUUGGAUUGUG